UAGAUGGAGGAAGCCACGACACCAUCUUCGUCUGAAUCAUGUAGAAUGCCUUUAUCACAGUUGGCCAAAAAACACCUAUUUGAACCUGAUACUAGUGAGCUAGCCAAUCCAGUGAUUACAAAGUUAGGCGUACCACACGGCCAUCCUGAGCUUGGACCACGUGGAUGGAUGGCAGGGCCAUCUUUCUCAGCUCGUUGUUAUCAACUUCCCGCACCUGGGCCCAGACUUGAUGAAGCUUCAACCCUUGGGACACAUAUGAUAUCCAAAGGUUUAGGCUGGGAGAAUCAUGAGGUUGAAUACGCUCCAAUGCCUCUUGGGUAUCUUGAAUGGGGUACUAAUGUCUUGAAGAAAUAUCAUACCCAUCUGAAGGGGAGUGAGGAAGGUGUGGAUUACGUCUAUGGAGCCAUUUAUUGUUCUUUAGGCGACUAUUCUGUCUCCCCUUCUCUUUUAAGGUCUUUAUUGGAGAGAUGGGAUCCCAACACCAACACGUUUUUGUUCUCGUCUGGCGAGUGUACAGUCACACUUCUUGAUAUGCAUCAGAUCGCUGGGUUGCCCCUUGAUGGUGAACCUUAUGAAGAAUAUGUUCCCCUAGCUGAUGAUUUGCAUCCUUCGACUCUUUUGUACCCCAACUUCCUGAUUCGGCUCCUAGAAAUUUGGACCAAGCUUGCUGUGGGUGGCAAAGUAGGUUUCAAGGAAUGGUGUGACUUCUUUCACAAUAGUGGAGUAAACUCCUUUGCUACCAAGAGCUUAGAAGACCAGCGCGUGUACGCUGCGGCUUUUCUUGCCAUAUGGCUUUGCCGCUAUGUCGUUGUUGGUGGUGGGCCAUAUAUUCGCCCCGGGGUAUUAGUGAUGGCGGCAUGGGUUUCCCUAGGACGGCGUAUCUCUUUGGGCCCACCUGCUCUUUGCUCCCUUUAUUACUCACUUCGGCGAAUUUGUACUCAUCCGAUUGGCCCCUCAUUCAUACACAGGAUUUGGCCGGUCCACUACCUUGCUGGAUGGAUGGAUGUGUACCUCAAGAAACCCUAUGGAAACAGAGCAAAAACGCCAAAUUUCCCGAGCUCCAAAAUUUUGGCGGUACAACCUAAUAUGGUGAACACCAUGUUUAAGACGCUACGUCAUUUUACACCUAAAGAGGCACAUGCUUUCCUCGAUGACUCUAAGAAUAUUGUUUGGAACCCCUAUUCUCUCACUAUGGAAGGUGUGUUCAAACCCAAGAGGGCUUUCUUAAUUUCUAUUCGUCGAGGCAUGCUGUCGUGGAGGCGUGGUACUAUCACCGCCGAUGUGUGUAUAGCUGAACCAUAUCACCCAGAUCGAGUGGCACGACAGUUUCGUCUUGACCAAGUUGUACCCUUUUCUCCUCUAGCGAGCCUGUAUACUCAAGACGAAAUUGGAAUUGCCUAUGAUUUUUGGUCACACCUAUUAUCCUUUGCCCCCGAAGAAUUCCACUAUUUUCCUGACGAUGAUCGAGUUGGAAACUCCUCUGUAGCAUGGGCUAAUUGGUGGAAAAAAUUUCUAAAGCGUUUCGCCGACAUUCUGGGCCAACUUUGCAAUGGCAACAUGACUGGGAAGACCCCUUAUGAUGUAAGGAUAAAAAAUAAGCGUGCACUACAACACAAUAUCAGGCCUCACCCAUUGUCUGAUAAAGAUUUUAUGGUGGUGAGGAGAGUAUCUAUGGAGCACCAUGACCAACAUGUUCAGUCCCUUGAGAAGGCAGAAAUGCCUAUUACAGAUCAAUGGAGACUGGUCCUCUAUAAUUAUUUAAAUGAUGUUGUUGCUGCUCAACUGGUGAAGUCUAAAGAGCUACGGCGAGGUAAUGUACUGAAACAGAAUGCCAUAGCUGGGUCCUCCUCCGCUCACCCGCUAUCAGUGGAUAAUGAUAUCUCAGACACUGCCCCAUCCGCUAGUGGAAAGAGACGCAGACAAUCUACACCGCCUCAUGUGGAACAGGAAGAAAGGCUGCCUUUGAAGCGUAAACUUGAUUUUGCCCAAGAAUCCAAUUUUUCUGAACCAAUAAUAUUGGAUGGUCCGUCCUUAGAUGUUGAAUUCAGUAACUUUGUUAGUGAUGAAGAUUUUAGCCAUGUUCUCACGGGAGAAAAGGACCAUGGCCUUGGUGACCUCUUCGAUUUAUCCGUCGAGGAUUGUACCUUUGGCGAGUGUGGCACAAGUCGUCUACCCUCCAGCCCUGGUGUGGCUGAAACUGUGCUCCCUACCCCUAGUGCUCUUGAUUUCUUGUCAACUUUACCUGGUUGCCAACGAGAAAAUUACCAUUCGCAAGACCCUGUAAUGACGGUUGUAUCAGGGGAAGGCACACAGAUGGACUGCAGCUUUGUCAAAGACACGUUUAUAGAUGCCACAGUUACUGUGGUGAAACGAGCCCUCAAAGGACCGAACGACUCUACCCUUGGUGAUCCCAAGCGACGCAUCAUGCUUGAGAGUGUUUCUCAGACGCUGCCCACGCAAGUACCUGAGGUAGCUAAGGUGCAUGCCAUGUUGGUCGGGCUUAUCGACCUUUCCAAGAAAUUGGAGGUUGGCCAGACUGAGUUCACGAAGGGAUCCGAGCGAGAUGAACAUGCUGCUACUGAAGUCAAGCUUAAAAUUAAGUCCGGCCACGAAGUUUCCAAGGAUGCAAUUGUGGACUUAUCUAACUUAGACAAGAAGUGUGCUGAAAUGGAGGUGCAGGAAGCAGCGCUUAAGGUGCAGCUUGAGGAGGCUACCGCCAGUUUGCAGAAGCUUAAACUAGAGAGGGAACAUCGCCGACAAGCACAUAAUGCUCAUCAAUCUGAACUGAAGGACUUGGUGAAGAGUCUACAGGACACCAACGCCGGCAAGCGUACAAGGCUUGCUGAAUUUGAACAAAAGACGGCAAAAUUAAAGACUGAAGCAAGAGCAGGGAAGGAAGGAAGGGGGGAGGAUGGGGUGGUAGCUACCUCUCCCGGAGGGAUCGGGGAGGAGACGCGGGCGGCCGGCGUCGGGGGCGACGGUGACGAGGACGGGCUCGGGGUCGGCGAGAGCGAGGGCGACGGUGGGGCGCGCUCGGCGGCGGCGGACGGGCUCGGGGGCGCAGGGGGUGCUCGGGGGCGGCGGAUGGGCUCGGCGGCGCAGGGGGUGCUCGGGGGCGGUGGACGGGCGGCCGGCGACGACGGCGAGGCAGGGUGCGCUCGGGGGCGGGGCAGGGGCAACGGCGGCGACGGCGAGGCGAGUAGAGGGGCAGCCUGGCGGCGACGUCGGGGCGGGAUCGAAGAAACUGAACCAAAAUUUUCACAAGUAUGGCUUAUAUAG